AUGAGAGUGUGGGUGACGACCCAUUUUCGUGGGCCACAUCGCAAGGUUGACGGCUCGGGCCUGCAGUCCGGGCGCAUUGUGACUGGCACAGGUGACUCGGCGGGGUUAGCCGCGGGGGCUGGGCGCACGCCCGCGCCCAGCGGUGGGGCCGAGUAUGGUGGUCAGGCAGCGGCAGCAGGUGUCCCGCGGGAAGUCGACGGGCUGCGUUGCUUCGGUUGCAGGCAGGUCGCUUGCCCUAGGCUAGCGGGGACUCUUGCAUUGUUCAUCGAGGAGACAGACGACGUCGACGCGAAUGGAUUUUACAACGGACCAAAUCGAAGAAGUCUUUUAGCGCAUCCAAUAGUUUCCGAGUGUUGCGUGUUGUGUCUGCCCAACAAAGACCUUGGUGAAGUUGUGUGUGCCAUAGUUUUACUUGAUUUGGAGGUUAAGAAAAAAGAAGAAGUGGAACUCUUCCUACUAGCGGCUGACGGACGCGCGUCGUAG